AUGUGUCGCAAGUGGACACCUUCCCUGGUCGCCCAAUUCCUUGUCAUAUCCCCUAAGCAAAUUAGCACAGCACUAAACACUUUCCUGACAUUCAAAGAGUACAUUUCCUCGCCAGGUCGGUUCCGUGGUUUCUGCGGUGACUGCGGUACGUCAAUCGCAUGGCGCUCAGCUGAUUACACCCCAAUAUUUGAUCUGUACUUGGGGACGCUGGAUGAGAAGUACCUGGUCGGAGAUGGCGUCGUGGCCAAGACCCUCGCAACUCCAAACGGAACGCAGUACUGGCUGCAGAAUGCCAUUCAUGGGGUUACUGAUGUGCUUGAGGGUGGGAAGAAGUACAGUGAAGAAGGCCCCGACGGCAUACGUGAAGCCAAUGACAUGGUAGCCCCCUAGAAUCACUGCCAUAUGGCGGUUUAUUGCGGCAAUGAAACGAGAUGUUAGGACCCGAAGUCUCCAACAUCUUCUGCACCUCUUCCUCAAAGCCGCGAGGCAGGAUGACGAAAGCAGCACUCAGCUUUGGAAGUGCGAGAAAUCGCCAUAGCGCUUCAACAGUGUUUUCUUUGCAGGCUUGAGUGAAGUGCAUAUAGUGAUAGAACGAAAAAUGUGGUAAUAAAAUGACAAGCUCGACCUUGACAUUGUCACGCACAAGGUAGCGAUCCAGAGUCGAAAUCAGCACAUCAAAGUCUGGGAUGGGCUUUUGUUCACCACCUGUAAAGAGGCACUCAAACUCGUAAGAUCGAAUGUGGCGGACUAUCGCCGUUGGUAUGUACGCAAAGAAAUCGACGGCGUCGGAUAGUGUGUUGAAAUAGAAUGUGUUAAGUUGAUAAAAAAGGUUAAGAGUAUGUUGGUGUGUAUCUUUCCGCCAUACAUACAUUCCAUUCGACGACAUUCGGCACCAUGGAUCCUUCGUUCGUAGAAUACAUG